AUGGAAGGAUACGAAAAAGUCGGCCAUUUUAUGGCACAGUAUGAACAGUACGCCAUUCUUCGCCGGUUCAAGGCUCUGAAUUAUCAGAUCCUCCUGUACAGACAAGCGGAGAUUAUGCACCUACAAGAAGAUCUGAAGGAGUUGGUUGAAAAGGACUCAGCUUUUGCAGAUCGGAAACUGUAUGCCAAUGAUUGGUGGUGUCUGGCUCACGAGGACGAAGGAAGGGAACAGUGGCAGACGGCGCAAGAACUCAUGAAGAAGCUCGACGAGUAUAAUGAACGGCUGGAACGACAGGCCACAUUAUCCAAGUUGGAGGUGCCAGAUGAGACUGAUGUCGAGUUCUUCAAGAAGUGGCUUGGGCAUGUGAACGGCGGCAACUGUCCACUCCGCGGCCUGGAUGGGGAUGCUUGGAAGAAUUCACCAAGUUGGGACCUUGUUGCGGUGAAUCCUCAAAAGCCUGGGGAUACGAUCUCGAGAUGGGUGAAGGAUUCCUUGUUUCCACUGUUUCAUCGGUAUAUUGGCGAGAAAUACAAGACCCCUGAGGCACCCGAGUUCGGAAAAGGUUUCUACUACUAUGAGGAAUCAUGCAUAUUCAGGGCGACCAACAUUCUCACGACGGUAAUGGCUUCAUUGUUGCCCCUUGUAUCGAUCACAGUGCUCUUCGCGAUUGAGUCCAACACAGUGAAACUCGGCGUGGUGAUGUUGUUCUCGGCGUGCUUUUCGCUCGCACUUGCACUCAUGACGACUGCGAGAAGGAUAGAAGUAUUUGCGGCUACUGCUGCGUUCGCCGCCGUCAACGUAGUCUUUCUUACGAGUGGUCCUGCGGUUUCUAACUAG